CUCCGUCAGACGUGACGUCGCUGCUUCCCCGCUGAAAGACCAAAAACGACCGAGGAAGUUUUCUCCGAGGGGAGGAAAAAAAAAAAAAAAAGAGAGAGAGAGAGAGAGAAAGAAACAGAAAACAGCGAGUCCCCCAAAAUACUCGGUGCGCCCCGGAGCUCCGGAAUGUGCGGACACUGGCUCUCCAACACUGCAUCCCGCUGUCGAAAUGUUCAUCCAGUUGUGCCGUUGCAUCGACCCCGCGCCUGUUGUGGCGAUUAUUUGCGUAACUGUGUUGUUGGCGAAAAGCUGUGUGUGUGUCACUGAGGAGGACGAUGAGAUCCUGGAGAAAAAACAGCUCAUGGAGUUUUACAAGAAGGGUCUGUUCAUCCUGGAGAGCGAGCCGCUGAAGCGGUGCAUCUCAGUGGAUCGCUCUAACCUAGUGCUGGAGGAUUGUGAGCGUCCAAUGCGCCGCAUGCUGUGGAAGUGGGUCUCCCGGCAUCGUCUCUUUAAUCUGGGCACCAGCACGUGCCUGGGUCUCAACAUUUCCGACGCGACGCAGCCUCUCGGGAUGUUCGAGUGUGACACGGCCCUCCCCAUGCUGUGGUGGCGCUGCAGUGGAAACAUGUUGUAUGGGGCAUCCCAGUGGAGGGUGACUGCAGCUGGACGUUUGGUGGUGGUAAAGAGAAACAUUUAUCAUGGGUGGAAAAGGCAUAACACUCCCAGAGAGGGUCCCUGCUCAUAUCCAUAUGAAGAUAUCCACACUCUGUUGGGGAACGCACAUGGAAUGCCAUGUGCUUUUCCCUUUAAAUACAAUAACAAAUGGUACUCUGAGUGUACUACUGAGGGGCGUGAGGACCAACUUCUGUGGUGCUCUACCACCACUCGCUAUGAUAAAGCUGAAAGAUGGGGCUUCUGUCCAGUGCAAGAUUCCAGUUGUGAGCACUUCUGGGUCAACCACGAGUUGCGUGCAUGUUACCAGUUCAACCUGUACACCAUCCUAACCUGGAGUCAGGCGCUGUCUACCUGCCAGGCCCAAGGUGGAAACUUGCUCAGCAUCACCAGCGUGGCAGAGCACAAGUAUAUCAGAGAUCGAAUGGCAAGUGCUGGGGCAAUGGUGUGGACAGGGCUGAACCACAUUAAGGAUGGGCAUGGAUGGCAGUGGUCUGACGGAGCCCCUCUGUCACUGGUGAAUUUCACCACAGGUCUCCCAGCCAGUCCACUGCAGGACAAUAAGCAGUGUGGGGUGUACUCAGGAUUUGAGGGUCACUGGCAGAGUCUUUCCUGUGAAUCUGCUCUGCCUUACAUCUGCAAGAAGACACCUAACAACAGCCGCAGAGCUGAACCUCUCGAGAACUGGCAAUAUAUCCAUACCGAGUGUGCGAAUGGCUGGUGGCCUCACAACGGUUUCUGCUACUGGGUGCUGCCAGAAGCAGAAGCAGGAAGCUGGGAGGAGUCUUCUCAGGCAUGUGGUUCUCACGGUGCAAAUCUCACCAGCCUCCACUCGUUGUCUGAGGUGGAAAUGCUGCUCAACCUCCUGGCUAACUAUUCCGGGGGGAGUGUGGAGGUGUGGAUUGGACUUUGGAAGCAGGCAUCAUUGUCAGCUGUAGAGUGGUCUGAUGGCUCACCAGUAACUCUCACUCUGUGGCACCAGUAUCACCCUCUGCAUAAUCUAACCGAUGCAACUCUGUGUACUAAAGUGGACAGGAAGAGUGGCAACUGGCUGCUAGCAUCAUGUGACGAGCGACUGCCUGGGGUGUGCAGAAGAGAGAGCCAGAAUGACGUUCACCACCAUGGAACCUGGGAUGAGGGCUGUCCCGAGGGCUGGAAGAGGCACGGCCAUUCCUGUUACAUGGUAACAAGUCAUGAGCAGAGCUACGAAGAUGCCCUGAUGGGGUAUUACUGCAAGGCUCCUCUUCUUACUGUGGAAAACAGGUUUGAGCAAGCAUUUGUCAACAGUUUGCUGAGUGAAAGUGGGGCCAACAGUAGCGUUUAUUACUGGAUUGGUCUCAUGGACCAGGGGAAGAAGGGAGAGUACAGUUGGCUUCCUCACAACGGCUCCUCUCUGCCUCUCACCUUCACAAACUGGAACAAACAUCAGCCAGUCAGCACUAGUGGCUGUGUUGCUAUGUCAGGCGGACCUGCUUUGGGUCGCUGGGAGGUGAAAGACUGCAAGGUUCACAAGGCCUUGUCAGUGUGUAAGCAGAGUAUCAGCAUCUACCACGAUGUUCAGCUGCCAGAGCACCACAUUGAUGCCUAUGCCCCCUGUCCCCCUGGGUGGGAAUCAAACUCUGGGCUGCUCCCCUGCUUUAAGGUGUUCCACAGUGAGAAAGUCCUGAUGAAACGCUCCUGGGUGGAAGCAGACUUCUUCUGUCAGGCCCUCGGGGCUCAGCUGGCCAGUUUCCAACACUAUGAGGAGCAGGUGUUUGUUAAGAAGCUCCUCAGUACCAUGUUUGAAGGAAUAGAGGGUCGUCGGUUCUGGAUAGGUUUAAAUAAGAGAGACCCUGAACAUGCUGGAGCUUGGGAGUGGUCCGAUGGUUCUCCCGUGGUGACUUCGUUUAUUGAUGAUAAGAACGAGGAGGACAGGAGGGACUGUGCCGUGUACAGUGACCUAACCAACACUGUCGUGCCGCAGCCUUGUGACACCCAACACGAGUGGAUCUGUAAGCUGUCCCGAGGUGAUAAACUGAACAAACCCUACUGGUACACUGAGCAGAGCGAGCCCUUGUUUUACCAUGGAGCUGAGUACCUGCUGGCCAAGCAGCCCUUUGACUGGCACGCUGUCUCUCUGGCCUGUCAGAUGAUGGGAGCCUACCUGCUGUCCAUUCACUCCAAAGAGGAGCUUCACUUUGUGAAGGAACGCUUGCGACGGCUCUCGCUGGGCCCGACUGACUGGUGGAUUGGCCUGUCCAUUGGACAGCCUGGAGAGGAGGUCAGGUGGAGCGACAAGUCUACAGUAGACUUUCAGAACUUUGCUGAAGGGACAUUUGGUAGCAGUCUUAGGAAAAAUGGGUUGUGUGUCACCAUGUCUUCUACAUCAGGGAAGUGGUCGACGAGCAAAUGCAGUGAUCUGCAUGGAUACGUGUGCAAGAGAAGGACUGUGUCUGUGGUGGAGACCCCCAGGGAACCGCACUACAUUGGAGGAUGCCCAGAGAAAUGGCUAUACUUUGGACACAAGUGUCUCCUGCUGCACCUCCCUGGCAGUCCAAAGGAGGGAAAGAGUUGGAAAGACGCCCAGUCCAUCUGCUCUUCUUUUCAAGGUUCGCUAGUCGCUAUAGAAGAUGAGAUUGAACAAGCCUUCAUCACCAUGUUUCUCCAGGGAAGCUCUGUAGGUGUGUGGAUUGGCCUGCGGGAUGAGGACACCAUGAAAUGGACCAAUGGGAGACGAGUCAGCUACACCAACUGGUCUCCAGUAGAACCAAAGAACUCUUUCAAUGAAGACACGUGGCUCCAUGGAUAUAAUGAUGAGCCUCAAUGUACUGUUCUGUCCAACAACCACAACUCCCACCUGACAGGGAAGUGGUACGAUGAGAAGUGCAGCGAGAGCGGGUAUGGCUUUGUAUGUCAAAAACCUCAAGAUCCAUCCAAACCCCCCCCCCACUCAUAUCACCACCCUCUCCCUGAAAAUAUUGAGGACAGGAGCCGCAGCUACAAGGUUGUGUCUGGCAACAUGAGUUGGUACGACGCGAUGAAUAAGUGCAUAGACCAUGAUUCUGACCUAGUGAGCGUUACAGAUGCCUACCACCAGGCUUUCCUUACUUUCCUUGUCAAUAGAUUGGGAACCCCACACUGGAUUGGACUAUACAGUCUAGAUAGUGGCAUCAAUUAUCAGUGGUCAGAUGGCAGCGACACAGUGUACACACACUGGGACGCCUCCGAUGAUGAUGACGACUUGGAGCUCGGCGAGUGUGUGUACAUGGAUGUGAAUGGAGGCUGGCGGAGAGCUGACUGUGAAACUCUGCUACCGGGCGCCCUGUGUCAUGUUCCCCCGCCAAGCAAUAAACCAUUUACCGCAUAUGUGACGGCAUGUCCCUCCACAUGGGUGAAAUUUGGACAUGGUUGUUACAGCUUUGAGCCUGUGGUGGAGAAACUUACUUUUGAGAAGUCAAGAGAGCACUGCAGGAGUCAAGUCAACACCUCCGAUGUCCUGACCAUUGAGAAUGAGACAGAGAACCGUUUCAUCCUGGAGCAGCUCUGGUCAUUAGGGUUCCUUCACCAGACCUUGUGGUUGGGGAUGCACUUCAACAUUGACACUGACUCCAUGUCCUGGGUGGAUGGUUCACCAAUGGAGUACAAAUGGCCCAACAAAGGCCCAAACCCCAAGCUGCUGACUGCAGAUUCCUGUGUUACUACCAGGGUAGUUGAUGGUGCUUGGCGCUUUUCACCAUGCACAGAGCAGUUUGGCUUCAUCUGCAAAACUAUCUCAGAUGGAAAUACUGAGGUGGAAGUGAAACCCCUGAACGGUUUGCAUCACGGUGUCAUCCCUGCUGCUGUGCUGGUGGCUUUACUGAUCUUUACCCUGCUGGCAGGGGUAAUGUGGUUUCUCUAUAAGAGGAACUCUGGACGUUUUCGGCGGCUCCCUACACUCGGCAGUGCUUAUUACAGGCAAACAGACUCGCAGGCUACAGAGUCGGAUGGAAAUGUUCUCAUCACAGACCUGGAGGCUUCCUCGGGGGAAUAGCAGUGAAUUGUUUCCUCCUUAAAGUCUCUGCUGUUCUCCCGUGCUUUGUCACCUUUUCACCGUCAGGUAUGGAUGCCGUGCGGCACUGCAAAGCUGUAAUGCUGACUCCUCAGGACAGUGGUGAGAUGAUGACGGCAAGCGGUUUUGAACGUGUCUCUAGUUUUCAUUUACUCACACCAUUUAGGUCACCAAACACUUAUAAAGACAGAUGAAGGGUGCAGACUAAAAGUUCACAUAAAUCAGGAAGGAAUGUUAGAAAGGUUUUGACUUGUUUAAAGAGGUACUGACCACAUAAUGUUUGUAGUCAUGUGGGAGUGUGAGGAUUUAUUCUGUUAUAAUUUGUAAACAGUAUUAAGAAGAAGAAUUUGAAUAAUUUAAGGCAGUUUGUUCUUGGUCUUCUUUUCAGGGUAAAAAAAAAAUCAGUUAUUGUCAAAUAUGAGUAAAAUUCAUGAUGAAAUAUACUUUACAAUGAUGCAUUGUUCAUUCAGACUUCAGGAGCUGUUGGGUCUGUACACAUGGUACAGUAUUUUUGUCAGUAUUACUUUCUGUAUUUUUGAUUCUCUCAUGUAUACAUGCUGUGUAUUGUUCAAAACGAAACGAGUACCAUAACUGAAGGGAUUUGCUUGGUUCUGCCAGCUGAUGCAAAGAACAGCGAGGGAUAUAUUUUGCACAGUUUUAGUUGUGUUUUAAUAAAUCGAGUUUGGUUGAAUAAUUCCAGUUUCAUCUCUUGAGUGUCACUGUGGAACAAAAAAGGACAGUGCUGGGAUCUGGUUAGUUUCAUAUUAUUUAUUUAUGUUUAGCGUGAUAUUAAUUUCUUUGCAUUGUGACCACAAUCCCCAUACUUCCUCUUAGGUGGGGAACUUAAAAUGUCCCAGCAAAAUCCACAGCAAGCUUACUCAAAAAUUAAAUGCAGUCAUCCAUCCUCUGUCUAUUGUGCAUAAGCUCAUGUUUUGCAGUUGUUAAAUCAUUUUCCUUCAAUUCUGGAUGCUUUUUUGGAAUAAAUGUCCUUUUUUUCCAUUGAGAUUUUUUUUUCAAAAUCUAAUGAAGUGACAAACAUGCAUUGAUGUGAGGUACAGCUAAACAGGCUUUAACAAGACUAGUUGUAGUGGCUCUUUUUAAAGUUAAUAGAUCCAGUGCUUGUGGAGUUAACAGACCAGAGUCCUUGUAAACUUUAGGAGGAUAUUAUUGAUAUAGUACUGAUGUAGGGCCAUAAAGCUCAUUCUCCUUUUCAUUAUCAAUUACCAUUCUUGCCUAUCGGUUUCCCUUGAAUGUUAUCAGUUAUGUUUUAUUAUCUCACCCUGAAAUAAUAUCUUGAUAACUUACUUCACUGCACAAACACUUUUUUUCCUGACAGUCUAGCCUGUAAGUAACAAUUUAAUAAUCCCCCAGUGUUUUGCUGAUCUCUUUAAAUCACACUCCAAGCCUUUAGAUUGCCUAUAUAAAGGUCUCAGUGUAGUGCAGCUAUUGCCAUUUCUCCGGCAAUAUCUGAGAGGAUAUAUUAGUUAAUUAUUCAUAACAUCUGUGUUGUAUAGCUGUAAAAAAAAAAAAAAAAAAAAAGACAUAAGCUCUGUUGUGUGUACAAAUAAAAGGGAGGGUCAGCUGCUGUUAGUUGUACUUCCUCAUCAGAUGAAAAACACCUAAAUCCCUGCCUGUUCACGGAAACUACCGAGAGGGCUUGAAGUAAACUGGAGAAAAUAUCCGCCCAGGCAGGGUAACGAGAAGGGAGGACACCAAGAAUGAAGUUAACGGUAGUAGAGGGCGAAACCGGAAAAACAACGUCGCCUUCCAAAUAAAAGUCUGUCCUGUUGACUACGUUCGUUUCAUAAUUUAAAAAUGUCAGAUUUUGACAGUAUUUCAAUUUGCAUCAUGAUUUUAGAUGUAUGUGUAAAAAAUUUCACUG